GCUGUUAACAGAGUUUAUCAAAGUAGGGAACCUGCAGGCGCUGCGAACCUUUAGGGUGCUGAGAGCCCUGAAAACUAUCUCAGUCAUCCCAGUGUCCCUCUGUGUUGGCUCGUUGUUGCUCAGUGUGUCACCACCCCUCUGUGUGUGUCUGUUCUUGUGCUUGUGUCUCCCGCCUCGUUGCAGAUAUGUGACUGAGUUUGUGGACCUGGGUAAUGUGUCAGCCUUAAGGACGUUCAGGGUGCUGCGAGCGCUCAAAACCAUCUCCGUCAUCCCAGGCCUGAAGACCAUCGUCGGCGCCCUGAUUCAGUCGGUGAAGAAGCUCGCCGACGUGAUGAUCCUCACCGUCUUCUGCCUGAGCGUCUUCGCCCUCAUCGGCCUGCAGCUCUUCAUGGGGAACCUGCGGCAGAAGUGCGUCCGCAGCACGGAGCACUGCGUCAACGGCAGCCUGGCGGCCAACACCUCCUUCUACUGCAACAACAAGACCUGGGCCUCCGUCAGGGACUUCAUCAACGACGAGG